GAGGGCAAGGGACGCUGUACUUGGAAAUGGGAACGGAGACUACACUCCAUCUAGCCUGAUUCUGUCACCCAGAGGCAAUAAGCAAGACUGUGGCAGAUGGGAAGGGUGAUAGGGAGUCGCUUAGGCUGUUUUUAUUGGCCAGCAUAUCCUAGAAAUCCGUGUUUCUAUGGAUUUGUCUUUGUGUUUAUCUGUAUUUUGUAAGUUUCUUACCAUGCACCUGCAGUACUUGUAUAAUAAAAUUCAUGAUAAAGAUCAGCGAUAGGUGGGUGGGUUUAGUCCCUAAGUAUGAAAGCCCUCUUAGCUCCACAAGUUAAUACAAGUUAAUAUCGGCAAACGGAGUGGUUGAGUAGGAUGAUUCUCAUGUCUGGGCAAUUGCUUACUUGAUUUCUUUCUUUUUUUUUUUUUGACCGACUCUGGCUCUGUCAUCCAGGCUGGAGUGCAGUGGCGCGAUCUCGUUCACUGCAACCUCCGCCUCCCGGAUUCAAGCGAUUCUCCUGCCUCAGCCUCCCGAGUAGCUGGGAUUACAGGCUCGUGACACCACACCCGGCUAAUUUUCGUAUUAUUAGUAGAGACGGGGUUUCACUGUGUUGGCCAGGCAGGUCUCGAACUCCUGACCUUGUGAUCCACCCUCCUCGGCCUCCCAAAGUGCUGGGAUUACAAGCGUGAGCCACCAGGCCCGGCCUGCUUAUUUGAUUUGUAAUGUAAUCUCUAAAAUCUCAUCCACUCAACAGAUAUUCAUCCAGCCUUAACUCAGUUGGGCGCCAUGCCCAACUGAGCAAAACCAGACCCAACCGUUUCCGUCACGGAGAUCAAUAAAGGGUAGAGGGGAAAGCUAAUCACAGAAAUGGAGGAAAGGUGUGUGGUCCUGGAAGCCGCGGUGGAACUAGGCUAGUGGCGUGGUUCAGCUAUGAUGUAUUUUGGAGUCCUUGCAAUGCCAUUUCUGCUGGCCCAAGGCCAGGGCAGGCACUUUGGGCAGGAUGCGUAAGAAGGGAGGUCUCUCCACCACAAGUCUUCAGUCUUUGGAGACCUCUAGGAACCCCAGGGCCUUCCCUUCCGACUCCCAUUCGGAGGCAUAUACUAGUCCGGGACCACCAGCGGUGCGGUGCCGGCUUUCAUAACCCCAUCCUUGGUAGUGCUUUCUUUGCCACACAGUGCUGGGCACCUGCAGAAAUGCAUUAGGCAUGGCCCUGACUUAGGGCACCUUGGGCCGAACCUAAGGGAGUCAGACAGCUCAGGUGCCCAUCCUGGCUACCCAAUGGACCAAUGCGCGCUGCGACUGUGUUACUCCACUUUGCAGCGUCUCAUCUGUAAAAUGGAAGUGUAACAGCUUAUUCAUGGGGUUGGAUGAAGCUCCUUAUGGCAGUGCGUGUGAAGUGCUGGCCCAGCGCUCAGGAUCGCCAAGUACAGUACAAAUGACAAUAUAUGGCGUCGCCCAACUACGGCGUGAGGGAUUCUUAGAUGCGAUGGUUAACUAAGGCUAAUCGCCGCUCGCUCCUGACGGCCUGCGCCCAGAGCCGGCCUCCACAGCCCGCUCCGCCCACUACCUUAUUUCCUCUGGGCGGGGUUCUCACCUCCAGGAUCCUGCGCGCUGAGAGCCCGGAUGUGAGCCUAACUGGGCAUGCUCACAAGCCAGCGCCGCUGCCAUUGGUCGCUGGUGAGGAACAGAUUGAUGACACAUCCGAAAAAUAGGAAGUGGCCACUACGGAAGCUGUUCUGGGCCAGAAAGACUGCCAGUUUGGAGUCGUUUGCUGCGGGGAGGGAAUGAAUGGGCGCUGGGAACACGCCCGCGAGGUGGGGACGCGCCGGCCGUAGCGAGCGCCUUAGCGUGUGAGUGGCCGGGGUCGGGUCGCUUCCCCGCAGCAUGGAGGACGAUGCACCAGUGAUCUACGGGCUGGAGUUCCAGGCACGUGCCUUAACACCUCAAACUGCAGAAACAGAUGCCAUUCGGUUUUUGGUUGGGACACAGUCUCUUAAAUAUGAUAAUCAGAUCCACAUCAUAGAUUUUGACGAUGAAAACAACAUUAUAAAUAAAAAUGUCCUCCUCCAUCAAGCGGGUGAAAUCUGGCACAUUAGCGCUAGCCCUGCAGACAGAGGUGUGCUGGCGACCUGCUACAACAGAACAUUUUGUUGUGUGCUAUCUCUGGAUUCCUUUGGUGCUCUUGGGAAGUCAGCUGCCCAACUAUUCAUAGCACUGGCAACCUCUUCAGACAGCAAAGUCCUGACAUGUGCAGCCGUGUGGAGGAUGCCGAAGGAAUUGGAAUCAGGCAGCCACGAGUCCCCUGAUGAUUCAUCCAGCACUGCGCAGACCCUGGAGCUGCUCUGUCACCUUGACAACACAGCCCAUGGCAACAUGGCCUGUGUUGUGUGGGAGCCAAUGGGAGAUGGGAAGAAAAUCAUUUCAUUGGCCGAUAACCAUAUCCUGCUGUGGGAUUUACAGGAAAGCUCAAGCCAGGCUGUGCUGGCCAGCUCAGCGUCCCUGGAAGGGAAGGGACAACUGAAGUUCACCUCAGGACGGUGGAGCCCACAUCAUAACUGCACCCAGGUGGCCACAGCAAAUGACACCACCCUGCGUGGCUGGGACACCCGGAGCAUGAGCCAGAUCUACUGCAUAGAGAAUGCCCACGGACAGCUGCUGCGGGACCUUGACUUUAAUCCCAAUAAGCAGUACUACUUGGCCAGCUGCGGAGACGACUGUAAGGUGAAGUUCUGGGACACCCGAAAUGUCACCGAGCCCGUGAAGACCCUGGAGGAACACUCCCACUGGGUGUGGAACGUCCGCUACAACCACUCUCAUGACCAGCUGGUCCUCACGGGCAGCAGUGACAGCAGAGUCAUCCUUUCCAACAUGGUGUCCAUCUCGUCGGAGCCCUUCGGCCACUUGGUAGACGACGAUGACAUCAGUGACCAGGAGGACCACCGCUCCGAAGAGAAGAGCAAGGAGCCCCUGCAGGACAACGUCAUCGCCACCUACGAGGAGCACGAGGACAGCGUCUACGCCGUGGACUGGUCCUCGGCCGACCCGUGGCUGUUUGCCUCCCUGAGCUAUGACGGGAGGCUCGUGAUCAACAGGGUGCCCAGGGCCCUGAAGUACCACAUCCUGCUGUGACUCCCGGGCCUGGGUUAUCCAGGUCCCAUUGGCUGGUUUCCCUCUUGGCAGAUUCUCAAACGGUCACAGCUCUUUGGAGGUGACUCGUUUUCCAGGUGGAUCCCUCUCUGGGAGAGCCGCUGUUCCCUUCCGGUAGCAGCAGCAUUUAUGAAGGGGGUGAAUGGGGCUGUUGUCGACGGCACAGCUAAUGCCCGAACCCAGCCCCUGUCGGCAGAGACGGAGCCCCACAUUGUUAUGUGAAUAACGUUUUCUGUUUUAAGGGUGUUAGGAGUUUCACUUAUUAAAAAAAUGUCCCUGCAAUAGUAACUCUUCUUUCUCUUGAGAGUAAAAAAUGAAAUAAAAUAAAUCUACGCUGCA